CAUGCGUGGGUUUUCCUCUAUAGCCAUCAGCAGCAGCAGCAAGAGAAGAUGCUUGGACCAAAGAGCCAUUUUCAAGAGCAUCCUUUGAUGGCUUGCUGACACCACAUCGAACGCUUUUCCUUUUUCCUCCAUAUUUCCAUGUUGUGAUUUUAAUAAUUGUUGAGCCACCAUCCAACCUCCCAUCCCCCCCGCCUCUUUUCUGCACAAAUUUCGCUGCCGCUUUGGUACCUCCGCCCCGUAGAGCAACUUGAUCACAGGAAUGAGUAUAGAAAUCCCCGAGGGACUGACGGAGCUGUUGCAGAGCUUUACCGUGGAAGUGCUGAGGAACCAGCCCGGAGACCUGCUCGAGUUCGCCCUGCAGUACUUCACCCGACUCAAGGACAGGGAGAGCACCGGGGCCUCGUUCGGCAAUGAGCCACACUCCAACGCCAGAGCCGGAAAAGCCGUCAAUUUCCUCGACGAGGCCAUGCAGAUUGACUCGGAGAACGGCGAGGAGGACGACGAUGAUGACGACGACGAGGAUUUUGAAGCGCCGGUAAUAAAUAGAUUCAUCAGGCGAGCAUCAGUGUGUGCUGAAGCCUUCAACCCUGAUGAAGACGAGGAGGAUAAAGAGCCAAGGGUCACCUACCCCAAAACAGAUGAGCAGAGGCAGAGACUACAGGAAGCGUGCAGGGACAUUCUUCUAUUCAAGAAUUUGGAUCCUGAAGAGAUGUCUCAGGUGUUGGAUGCCAUGUUUGAGAAGUUCUGCACAGAUGGAGAACACAUAAUUGACCAAGAUGAUGAUGGGGACAACUUCUAUGUUAUUGAAAGUGGGACCUUCAGCAUUUUUGUCAACGUGGACGGAGCAGAGAAGCUGGUGGGCUGCUACGACAACCGAGGCAGCUUUGGGGAAUUGGCGCUGAUGUACAACACUCCGAGGGCUGCCACCAUCAUCGCCACCUUGCCUGGAGCCCUGUGGUGCCUCGAUCGUUUGACGUUCAGGAGGAUCAUCGUCAAAAACAACGCCAAGAAGAGGAAGCUGUACGAGGCGUUCAUUGAAACACUACCCUUGCUUACAUCACUGGAGCUCUCAGAGAGGAUGAAGGUCGUGGAUGUCAUAUCCACCAAAGUCUACUAUGACUCACAGCAGAUUAUUGCACAGGGAGAAUUGGCAGAUUGUUUCUACAUUGUGGAAUCUGGCCAUGUUAGGAUCACCAUAAAGAGGAGCAGGAUGAAAAAUGAGCCGGAUGAAGAGGAAGUGGAAAUCGCUACAUGCUCCAGAGGCCAGUAUUUCGGGGAACUGGCGCUUGUCACGAACAAGCCCAGAGCUGCUUCCGCCUACGCUGUGGGAAGUGUCAAAUGCUUGGUGAUGGAUGUUCAAGCCUUUGAGCGGCUGCUGGGCCCAUGCAUGGAUAUCAUGAAAAGGAACAUUGCAAACUAUGAGGAGCAACUGCUGACCCUGUUUGGAAGUAGCACUGAGAUUGAGCAGCAAUGUGCAUGAAGAAGGACCACCACUUGUUGUCCCCCCCCUCCCCAAAACAUAGCCAUUUAACACAGCUUUUCUUACAAGAUGAUCAUGAUGAGACUUAACAGUUUGCCGCAGAGUGUUUGAAGUAAAGUAACAUACGCCAAAGUUGCUUGAAGCUCGUUUUCCAUUAGCAUCCUCCCACUUGCGUGUCCCUACGUGUAGACAUUUGUUUGUGUAUUGAACACACGCCCCGGCACUCGAUAAAAACAUGAGGUAAAAUACUGGACGUGGGGGGACUAUUUCUCAAUUUCUGUGUUUGAAGAACGUCCCUCACACUGUCGUUGUCACAGAGAAUGUAGACAUGCAGGUACCGCAACAUUUUUUUACAUCAUACAUUUCUGUGUUAAACGUGCGUGUGGCUGUUUGCCUACUACUAUGCUUUUUGCAAAAAAAACUUCAGCCAGAUAGCGGAUCGUUUUUUAAGACCAUACAAACACAGUGUUGUACAAUUUGAAGUCAGUAUUUAGGAUCAGCUCCAAGUCAUUAAGUUGCCCCACUAUGGUCAUUAUAAGCAAUGUACCACAUGUGUCAGAAAAGUUCCAGGACUGGUGUCACAAAACAUCAACACUACAAACUUUUCCUAUUCGAAAGUUAUCCCUCUGGAGUCUAACACACUUGGUCAGACUUUUUUUUGUGCCACUUUUCAUGCACUACUGGAAGGGUUCUUCCGGGAUCUACCACACGGCAAGCUUGAUGCCUUCAAAACAGGUUUGAAAAGAGGCAGGUCGGAUGUUGGGAGGUUGCUGCAGCUCAGCGAUGUUCUUCUCAGCUCGAAACGGUCAUAAGCAAAGCGCAUUGUGAGCAUUUGUGUUGUCAUUCUCUGCAGAAAAUGUCUCCGCUUGUGCUCUGAGCAAAACAGGAUUUGAUUGUUUGGCCCCUGGGGCGAGCACUCACAGUGCACGAGGCCCCUACACAUUGAAAAAUGGCAUCAACACAACAGUCUUGGACAUUUUCUGACACAUAUGCUGAUAUUUCAUGAAUUUAUGUGCAAAAUAAAAGCAUCUUGUGUCACUGAAGCUUAUUUAAUGAUUAUGGAAAUCUACCUCUGCCAACUGUUUUUUGGGAAUAAUGUUGAUUUUCAAGAGGAAACUACACCAUGAAAUACAAUGAACGAAUAAUAGGUCUUUGUGGUUUAAUGCUACAACAAAAAACAAUCUUCAAUCCAAUUUGAAAAUCAUGAUUUUACACUCCCUUGUGUAGGUAGCGCUGGUAUUUUUUAUUUUUAUUUUUUUUGGCAAAAUCAUUAUACUAGUCCAUAGUAAGUUACUGUAUGUUUCAUUUUUCAUGUCAAUAAACACUUUUGUAUUUAA